AUGGCUCGCGUCUCCGGUGAGGACGAAGCGAUGCUGCAGGCGAUGUUGAGGCAGUUGUUCCAGAGCGUGAAGGAGAAAAUCACGGGUGCUCCCUCCCUGGAGUGCGCCGAGGAGAUCCUCUUACAUCUGGAGGAAACGGAUGAAAAUUUCCACAACUAUGAAUUUGUGAAGUACCUUAGACAGUAUAUAUGCAACACUUUGGGGUCUAUGAUUGAAGAAGAAAUGGAAAAAUGGACAUCUGAUCAGAACCAGGGUGAGGAAUUUGGCUAUGACACAGUUGUACAGCAUGUUACUAAAAGAACUCAGGAAUCUAAAGAAUACAAAGAGAUGAUUCAUUCUCUGAAGAACAUCAUGAUGAUAGUGGUGGAAUCUAUGAUUAACAAGUUUGAAGAAGAUGAAAUACGAAGUCAAGAGAGGCAGAAAAAAAUCCAAAAGGAGAAAAGCAGUAGUUAUUGCACAGACAAUUGCUCUGAUAGUGACUCGUCCUUCAAUCAGAGUUACAAAUUUUGUCAAGGAAAAUUACAAUUGAUUUUAGACCAGUUGGAUCCUGGGCAACCUAAAGAGGUGAGAUAUGAAGCCUUGCAAACAUUGUGUUCAGCUCCUCCAUCUGAUGUCCUGAACUGUGAAAAUUGGACCACUCUCUGUGAGAAGUUGACAGUGUAUCUUUCAGAUCCUGACCCUGUAUUUAGUGACCGGAUUUUAAAAUUCUAUGCACAGACGUUUACACUUUCACCAUUACAUAUGACCAAGGAAAUUUAUACAAGCUUAGCUAAAUAUUUGGAGUUAUACUUUGUUUCCAGAGAAAAUCAUAUUCCUACUCUUUCAACUGGCAUAGACAUAAGUAAUCCUAAUGUGACCCAUUUACUUAAAAAGAUUCGUCUUCUAAAUGAAUAUCAGAAAGAGGCUCCAUCUUUUUGGAUUCGACACCCAGAAAAGUAUAUGGAAGAAAUUGUGGAGAGUACCUUGUCUUUGUUAUCAGUUAAGCAUGAUCAAAGCCAUCUUGUCUCACAAAAAAUUUUGGAUCCGAUAUAUUUUCUUGCCUUGGUGGAUACCAAAGCUGUGUGGUUCAAAAAGUGGAUGCAUGCAUAUUAUAGCAGAACUGCAGUACUAAGACUUCUAGAAAAGAAAUAUAAAUCUCUGAUAACUACAGCGGUUCAGCAGUGUGUUCAGUACUUUGAGUUGUGUGAAACCAUGAAAGGUGAUGAAGUUUUGGGACAUUCAAAGUCUUGUGGGAUUAAGCAGAAAACUUUUUACUACUCAGGACAAGAAUUACAAUACAUUUAUUUCAUUCACUCACUGAGCCUUUUGGGAAGAUUACUGAUCUAUACCCAAGGCCGAAAGCUAUUUCCUAUAAAGUUGAAGACUAGAAAAGAUUCAGUAUCCCUUACAGAUCUUCUGGUUCUGUUUACCCAACUUAUCUAUCAUUCACCAACUUGUCCAAAGAUGACAUCACCUGGUCAUUUAGAGAAUUACUCUCCUGCAAGUAUGGCAACUGAAGUUCUGUGUAUACUCUGUGAUCAGAAAGAAUGUGCAGUUGAAUGCUUAUAUAACAACACUGUGAUUGAGGCUCUUCUUCAGCCUAUUCAUAACUUAAUGAAAGGAACUAAGGCUGCUCCAAAUUGCUCUGAAACAGCUUUAAUUCAUAUAGCUCAUAUUUUGGCAAGAAUUGCAUCUGUGGAAGAAGGACUUACCCUACUACUUUAUGGAGAAAAUAUGAACUCUUCUGAAGAAAAAAGUCCUACAGGUGCUCAUCUAAUUGCCCAGUUUUCGAAAAAACUUCUUGAUGAAGAUAUUUCUAUUUUUUCUGGAUCAGAAAUGUUUCCUGUGGUUAAAGGAGCAUUUACUUCUGUGUGUCGUCAAAUAUACAGUACAUGUGAAGGCUUACAGGCGUUAAUUCCUUAUAGUUUGCAUGAAUCUAUAGCAAAGGCUUGGAAGAAGACAAGUCUGCUAUCAGAAAGAAUUCCUACUCCAGUAGAGGGUUCUGAUUCUGUUUCUUUGGUUAGCCAGGAAUCCCAGAACAUUAUGGCUUGGGAAGAGAAUUUGUUAGAUGAUUUACUAAAUUUUGCUGCCACUCCCAAAGGACUACUGCUUCUUCAAAGAACAGGUGCCAUCAACGAAUGUGUGACAUUUAUGUUCAACCAGUAUGCAAAAAAAUUACAGAUCAGUAGGCAUAAAAAGUUUGGCUAUGGAGUUUUGGUUACACAAGUGGCAUCAACAGCAGCAGGUGCAAUAGCCCUACAAAAUUCAGGGUUUAUUAAUGCCCUUAUAACUGAAUUAUGGGCCAAUCUGGAAUGUGGAAGAGAUGAUGUUAGAGUAACCCAUCCCAGAUAUACUCCUGUGGACCCUAUUGACCAAAGCUGUCAAAAGUCUUUUCUAGCACUGGUGAACCUGUUAUCUUAUCCUGCUGUUUUUGAGCUGGUUGGCAAUCAAAGUCUUCCUAAUAAAGCAGAAUAUUCUCUUCGUGAAGUCCCAACAAGUGUUAUUGAUAUUAUUGACAGACUUAUAAUUUUGAAUUCUGAAGCCAAGAUUCGUUCUUUAUUCAACUACGAACAAUCACACAUCUUUGGUCUAAGGUUGUUAAGUGUGGUAUGCUGUGAUCUAGACACUCUUCUUCUGUUGGAGGCUCAGUAUCAAGUAUCUGAAAUGUUACUAAAUGCUCAAGAAGAAAAUACCUUAGAAACCUCUGAAAGUCACAGGGAGUUUAUAAUUGAUAGCUUAUCAGUAGAAAGAAAUCAUGUUCUUGUUAGAAUAAAUCUUAUUGGUGGGCCAAUGGAACGAAUUUUGCCUCCAAGGUUACUGGAGAAGGGUAAUGAACCAUAUCCUUGGCCAAUGUUUUCAUCAUACCCUUUACCAAGCUGCUAUUUGUCAGACUGUGUUACAAGAAGUACUGAUCUAAAACAAGACGAUGAUCUUGGCAAACUUUUAUUGUGCUUCAAAAUGUCUGAUAAACAAACUGCAUGGAUAGAAAACUGCCGAAGACAGUUCUGCAAAAUAAUGAAAGCCAAACCUGAUAUAAUCAGUGGAGGUGCUUUAGUAGAAUUACUUGAAAAUUUUGUACUUCAUCUUUCUGAAAGCCCAUCUGAAUGCUACUUCCCUUCAGUGGAAUAUACAGCUACUGAUGCAAAUGUGAAGAAUGAAAAUCUUUCAUCUGUGCAACAGCUUGGCGUUAAAAUGACUGUCAGGUAUAUUAUAGGGAAAUAUCUCCCUAGGAAUCACACUGGCCAUGACUGGUUUGUAUCUUCUUUGUUCAUCAUAAUGUUGGGGGACAAAGACAAAACAUUCCAAUUUCUUCAGCAGUUCUCCAGGCUUCUGACUUCAGCUUUCCUUUGGUUGCCAAGACUACAUAUUUCUAGGUACCUACCUGUUGACACUAUAGAAUCUGGCAUUCAUCCAGUGUAUUUUUGCAGCACUCACUACAUUGAAAUGCUACUGAAAGCAGAGGUGCCACUUGUAUUUUCAGCUUUUCACAUGUCUGGUUUUGCACCAUCACAGAUUUGCCUGCAAUGGAUAACUCAGUGUUUUUGGAAUUAUUUAGAUUGGGUAGAAAUCUGCCAUUACAUUGCUACCUGUGUUUUCCUUGGUCCAGAUUAUCAAGUGUAUAUCUGUAUAGCUAUAUUCAAACAUCUUCAGCAAGACAUUCUACAGCACACUCAGACUCAAGAUCUGCAGGUUUUCCUAAAAGAAGAAGCACUGCAUGGAUUUCGAGUGAGUGAUUACUUUGAAUACAUGGAAAUUUUGGAACAAAACUACCGACCAGUGUUGCUGAGAGACAUGCGGAACAUUAGAGUGCAAAGCACAUAG